AUGACUGAAAUAAAGUAUCAACCUUUAGCUCCCAUAUCUUCUGAAAAAUUAAUUGAAGGAGGAGAAAAACUUAAUUUUAUCAGACCAGAUACACCUAGCCGAUGCACAUGGAAACCAGGAUUAAAUUCAUCUUCUUCUCCUCACAAUAUCAAGCCUUUGGAAGAACGAUUAAAAAUUUUACCAAAUGUUCUUCAUGCUGUUGGUAACACACCAUUAAUUAAACUAAACAGAAUUCCCAAUAGUUAUGGAAUAAAAUGUGAAAUGUUGGCAAAGUGUGAAUUUUUCAAUCCAGCAGGAAGUGUAAAAGACAGAAUAGCCAUAAGAAUGAUUGAAGAUGCUGAAAUGAAAGGGUUACUGAAACCUGGAUCUACAAUAAUUGAACCAACUUCUGGCAAUACAGGGCUUGGAUUAGCAAUGGGAGCUGCUGUUAAAGGGUAUAGGUGCAUUAUUGUUAUGCCUCUUAAAAUGUCAAAUGAAAAGGUUAAUGCUCUAAAAGCUUUAGGUGCCGAAGUUAUUAGAACUCCUACCUCGGCUUCAUUUGAUUCUCCAGAAGGAUUAAUCGCUGUAGCUCAAAAAUUAAGCAAAGAAAUUCCAAAUUCAAUUAUUUUGGAUCAGUAUCGAAAUGCAUAUAAUCCCAUUGCUCAUUAUGAGCACACAGCCGAAGAAAUUUUAAGUCAGUGUAAUAGAAAAGUGGAUGCCAUUGUAUGUGGUGCUGGAACUGGAGGAACUGCAUGUGGAAUAGGUAGAAAAAUAAAAGAUGUACUUCCAUCGUGUAAAGUAAUUGCAGCAGACCCAUUGGGCUCUUCUUUGUCUCUUCCACCUGAAUUAAAUAAAUCUGAUGUUACUUUUUACGAAGUUGAAGGAAUAGGUUAUGAUUUCAUUCCUACAGUUUUAGACAGAUCAGUUAUUGAUGAAUGGCACAAAACUAAUGACAAAGAUUCUCUUUUAAUGGCGAGAAGACUUAUAAGGGAAGAAGGAUUAUUGUGUGGAGGAAGUAGUGGUUCAGCCAUGACUGUUGCCAUUAAGGUGGCUAAAAAAAUGAAAGAGGGAGAAAGACUUGUGGUAAUUUUACCAGAUGGUAUGAGAAAUUACAUGUCAAAGUUUAUUAUAGAUUCAUGGAUGAAAAUCAGAAAGUUUAACAAUGAUGGUAUUGAAGAAAUUCCAUGGUGGUCAAACUUACCUGUCAGUGUAUUAAAAAUGAGAACGCCUCCAACGGUGACGUCAACUUCAAAGUGUUCUGAUGCUAUUAAAAUAAUGAAAGAAAUGGAUUUAGAUUAUUUGUUUGUCAUUAAAGAAAAGGAAAUUAUUGGUGUUGUUUCGACCAAUAAAAUUUUAAAUCUCAUAGCGGAUUCUACAUGCAAUUUAGAAAAUACAGUUGAAAAAUUUCUCGAUCCAGUUCAAAUUGUUAACAAUUCAGUUUCUCUUGAUAAAAUUUGUUUAAUUUUUCAAACGGAAAAAUUUGUUUUAAUUAAUGGUGCAGUACUUUUACAAAUUAUUUUCAAUUCGAAUGAAUUAAGCCAGAAAUUUAUCACAAGCUCCGAUUUACUUCAUUUCAUCAACGGUAAUGAAAACACGCAAUGA